AUGUCUAUUCGUUUUAAGGCUUCCGAAUUACAAUGUUUCAAUUGGAUGUUUAAAUUUGCACCAUGUUUUCCUGUAAGUGCUUCAAAUAUAAAUAUUAUAACAGAACCUGUAAAAUUUUAUGACACACUCUGCAACAGAUUUCAAAAUGCUAGACAUAGGAUAUCAAUGGCCAGUCUAUACAUAGGCACAGGUCAUUUAGAAAAAAGGUUGUUAGAAGUUACUGCACAGAAUGUUAAAAACGUGAAGAAUUUAAAUUUUAAGGUAUUAUUAGAUUACCAAAGAGGCACCAGAGGUGAGGUUAAUUCAUGCACUUUGUUUAACAACUAUAUGAAAAAUGUGUCUGAUAGAUGUCACUUAGCUUUAUUUCAAACACCAAGACUACAUGGUUCUUGGUCCAAAGCUCUUCCUUCUCGCUAUAAUGAAAUCGUUGGUCUGCAACACAUGAAAUUAUACAUUGCUGAUGAUUCUAUAAUAAUCAGUGGAGCAAACUGCUCCAAUGAUUAUUUCCAAAACAGACAGGAUCGUUACAUAGAGAUAAAAGACAUGGAACUAGCAAAUUUUUAUCAUGAGCUUAUAGAUGAAGUAGUCAAAUACAGUAGACAUGAAAAUUCACUGAAUAGUGAUAAAAAUACCUCAGUAUCUAAAAAUAUAAUUAUACAGGAAGUUAGACAAAAUAUAGAAAACCAUAUUGAGAAGUGGAGACUUAAACAGUAUGAGAAAUUAUCAAACUUAUCUAAUGAUGCUAGUGAUAAAGACACAUGGAUAUUUCCUCUGAUACAAAUGGGUGAAUUUAAUAUAACUCAGGAUGAAAAGGCCACUUGUGGAAUACUAUCAUCUAGUCCAAAGGGUUCAUACUUUAGACUUGCAACUGGCUAUUUUAAUUUGACAAAUAAAUAUGCUGACGUUUUAUUAAGGGAUUGUAAAGCUCACAUUAGUCUUUUAAUGGCUCAUCCUAAUGCGAAUGGCUUUAUGGGAGCAGCUGGGCCAGCAGGGGGCAUACCUCAUGCUUACUCAUUAAUAGCCCGACAAUUCUGGCAAAAAGUUGUUGAUAAUAAUCAGAGAAGUAGAGUACAAAUGUUGGAGUAUGAGAGAAGUGGAUGGACUUUUCAUGCUAAGGGUUUAUGGUAUUAUCCUCCUGGUAGUGAUGUGCCUUGGAUGACGGUUGUUGGUUCCGCAAACCUCGGCGAGCGAUCCGUAAGACGCGACCUUGAAGCACAAGCCGCCAUAUUUACGGUGUCGUCAGAUUUACAAGAGAGACUACACAACGAAUGUUCUAGUCUUCACGAAAACGCUUCAGAAUGUAGUCAAGAUUUACAAGAAAGACGAGCUCCGUUGUGGGUUCGGGCCACUGUGGGAUUAUUUAGAACAUAUUUCUAA